AUGUUCCAUCCACAUCAGCAUUAUAUGAAUUCAACUGAUGAAGAUAAAUAUGAUUUAUGGUCGCCUGUUUCAAAAUUUUGCAAACCACGAAAGAAAUGGCUUUUGUUAUCUGGAUUGUUAGUAGUUCUCCUUGCGACAGCUAUUAUUACUCCCUUUGCUGUACUUGUUUGGGUUCCUAACAGUCAAAGAACAACAACGACAACAACAACUACUACAACAACAACCACCGCUACGACUAGUACAACUACUAGUACUAGCACUACAACUACUACGACUACAAGUACAACAACAACUACUACUACGACAACACCACUAAAUCAAACAUAUAUUUGUGGAAGUAUAUCUCCAUAUACAUUAUGGACAGCAUAUUCAUCUGAUGGUAUGACAAUGACAAUUAGUACAACUACUUGUCAUUUCAAUUCAACUCCGUUAUAUUUUACAAGUGUAUCUGGUUUUACAAUUUAUGCUCAUUCAUCAGUAAUUACAAGUGGUUCAUUGUUAUUAAAUUAUUCUCGAUUAUAUCAAUGGAGUGUCAAUUGGAUUGGUUAUGCUUCUUAA